GAGAAACCUAGAGAACGCAGAAGGGAAAUUAGGAAGGAGGAGGGAAUGGAGAAGAGAGGAGAGAGGAAAAGGGAGAUGUCCUACGCAGCCGCACACUUCUCCUCCAGUCCCCCCAGUGGCCUGGCCGGAGCCAGGGGACUGGCAGGGCGGCGCGCAGCCCUAAGCCUAUUUACUGCUUUUUCAGCAAUCAUGUUUUCACCUUGUGCUGUCACGGAGCCCGUCGUCCCCGCAGCCUGGCCUCCUAUUGGCUCGCUAAAAAUGCUUCUCUAAUCUGCAGGCUGAUCUUUUACACUGCCUCCCCCCCUCCCCUUUUUCCUCCUCCUCCUCAUCCGCGCUGACCUUCCUCUUUCCAAUAGACCCAGCUGAAAGGGGGAGAGAGGAAGAGAGAGGGAAGGAGGUGGGAGGGGGAAGGGGGAGAGAGAGAGAGAGAGAGAGAGAGAGAGAGAGAGAGAGAGAGAGAGAGAGAGAGAGAGAGAGAGAGAGAGAGAGAGAGAGAGAGAGAGAGAGAGAGAGAGAGAGAGAGAGAGAGAAACAGGGAGGGAGGGAGGCAGGGAGGGAGGGAGGGAGAGAGACGCUAGGCAGACGCGGGAGCCAUCCUGCCCCCCUGGAAGCCAUCUGGACUUGAAGGACUGGCCUGUGCAGCCUGGGAUCUCCCUCUUUCCUAGCUGCCCCCACCAUCCUCUCUGGAAUCUCCAAUGGUGACUGGCUCACUGACUGUCCCUGUCCCAAGUGUAUGAGCAGAAGUUCAUCCCUGGCUGCAGCCUAGUGCCCAGCCCCAACCCCCAACCCCGGGCACCAUGUCUGGCUCCUAUGAUGAAGCUACACCUUCGAUGGAGGAGAUCACCGACAGCUUCUGGGAGGUAGGAAACUACAAGCGGACUGUAAAGAGGAUUGACGAUGGCCAUCGGCUCUGCAACGACCUCAUGAGCUGCCUUCAUGAGCGAGCGAAGAUCGAGAAGGCCUAUGCCCAGCAGCUCACAGAUUGGGCCAAACGUUGGCGUCAGCUCCUGGAGAAAGGCCCACAAUAUGGCAGCCUGGAGCGUGCAUGGGGUGCCAUCAUGACGGAGGCUGACAAAGUGAGCGAGCUGCAUCAAGAUAUGAAAAACAACCUGGUCAAUGAUGACCUAGAGAAGGUGAAGAAUUGGCAGAAGGACGCCUACCACAAGCAGAUCAUGGGCGGCUUCAAGGAGACCAAGGAAGCUGAGGAUGGUUUCCGGAAAGCGCAGAAACCCUGGGCCAAGAAGAUGAAGGAGCUGGAGGCAGCGAAGAAGGCCUACCACUUGGCCUGCAAAGAGGAGAAGCUGGCGGUGACCCGGGAGGCCAACAGCAAGGCGGAGCAGUCAGUAACCCCGGAACAGCAAAAGAAACUUCAGGACAAAGUAGACAAGUGCAAGCAGGACGUACAGAAGACCCAGGAGAAGUAUGAGAAAGUAUUGGAUGAGAUUGGCAAGUCAACGCCCCAGUACAUGGAAGGCAUGGAACAGGUAUUCGAACAAUGCCAGCAGUUUGAGGAGAAGAGGCUGGUUUUCCUGAAGGAAGUGCUCUUGGAUAUAAAACGCCACCUCAACUUGGCAGAGAAUAGCAGUUACAUCACUGUGUACCGGGAGCUGGAGCAGACUAUCCGGGGGGCCGAUGCCCAGGAAGACCUCAAGUGGUUCCGCAGCACCAGUGGCCCUGGCAUGCCCAUGAAUUGGCCCCAGUUUGAGGAGUGGAACCCAGACCUCACCCAUACCAUCACCAGGAAGGAGAAGCUGCCCAAAAAGAGCGAGGGUGUGACUUUGACCAAUGCCUCGGGGGUGGUGGAGUCUAUGGCCCAGGCUGGGGACCGUGGCAGUGUCAGCAGCUAUGACCGAGGCCAGCCCUAUGCCACUGAGUGGUCUGAUGAUGAGAGUGGAAAUCCCUUCGGGGCUGGUGAGGCCAACGGGGGUGCCAACCCCUUUGAGGAAGAUGCCAAGGGGGUGCGUGUUCGGGCACUCUAUGAUUAUGAUGGGCAGGAGCAGGAUGAGCUCAGCUUCAAAGCAGGAGAUGAACUCACCAAACUGGGAGAAGAAGAUGAGCAGGGCUGGUGCCGAGGUCGUCUGGACAGUGGGCAGCUUGGCCUCUAUCCUGCCAAUUAUGUGGAGUCCAUCUAACUGUCUCUCUCCAUGCCCCAUCAGCCCACCUCAUGCCUUUCCCUUCUACCCCUCCCGGCCUCUCUUCUCCUUCCAUCAAAACCCUCCAUCCCUUGACAGCCCUCUUCCAUCUUCUGUCCUUUCCAAUCCACUCCCUUCCACAAUCAACCCAUUCCUCUUCCUGCCCCAGCUCCAUAGAGUUCCAGACAUAUUUUCCAAUCAAGCUUUUAUUUUUUUAAAAGUCGUCUUGGGAAGAAAAAAAAUAGAACAAAAAAAUAGAAAAACAAAGAAAAACCAGAAACAAGCAUUUGCAAUAGCACCAUAGAGUGGGGGCAGGGAAGGGGUAGGGCUGGGGAAGUGAUCCUCCCGCAGGUGUGGGGCUGCAGCCGAGUUGGCAAGGGCUCUUGGUCUUCAGAUCCCACCAAAGAGGUCUGUUUCUCUGUGCCCUUCAGAAGUCUCCCAAGACCCCCUCCUCCAGAAUUCCUGACCUUUCUUCAUCUACCCGCCUCAGGCUGGCCCCCAGAAUGGCAGAGCUGGAAGGAAUCCAACAGACUGGCUAGUCUAGCCUCUCCACCCUCCCACCCUCCAUCCCCAUCUUAUAGAGGAAGAAACGGAAGCUUGGAAAGGGGAGAUGAAUGGUCUCUGGUCAUGUUGCAGGGGAGCAGCAGACAAGAGUUCAGGACUCCUGAUUCCUCAGGCCAGGGCUUUCUCUCCUAGGUCACAAUAAUCCCUGAAGGCUGCUCUUCCCAUCUGGUCCUCCCUACCCUUGCCUUUUCUCUCUCCAUCUCUCUGUCUCUGUUUUUCUCUCUGUGUAUAAGUCUGUCUUUGUCUCAUCUCUUUGAGUCACUGUCUAGCUCUCUGCCUCUGUCUCCCUUCUCUGUCUCUUUCUUUGUGUGUGAGUGUGUCUUUAUCUGUCUCUGACUGUCUGUCUUUGUCUCUCUUUGUUUCUGUCUGUCUUUAACUCUCUCUUUGUGUAUGUUGUCUCUCUCUGAUUCUGUCUCUCUGUCUCUGACUGUGUGUGUGUGUGUCUGUCUUUGUUUCUCUACCUUUCUGUAUUUCUGUGUCCCUGUCUCUCCUUUCACUGUUUCUCUUACUCUGUCUCUCUCUGUCUCUUCGUUUCUGUAGUUCUCUCUGUGUCUCUCGUCUGUCUCUCUCCUGUUUCUUCCUCUCCAAGAGGCUAGCCCACUAACGGAGGGCUGAAGGAGGGGGAGGUCUUUCACAUUCUAAGUCUUCCACUGGGCUUCUUGAGGUCUUCCUGUUUUCCCACACUCAUUUUUUAUGCCCCUCCAUUUCCUCUUCUGGUGGCCAUGGAAAAGGUGAGGAAGAGGGAGGUGAAAGGAUGGAGGCAGGGUGGACCCCUUCCCUUCAAGCUGGGAUGGAUGGGAGGUAGUAGCUCCCACAGAGUAGUUUCAGGGGACUGAAGGCCAAGUCGGUGCAUGUAGGUCAUGCUAUGAUUAUGUUGGGCAGGAGCUCAGCUCCCAACAGGUUUGGCCUCACUCACUCACAGCAAUGAGAGUUUGGGGGUGAGGGAGUGAGGAUGCCCUGAACAUCUCCUGACUUUGGCUCACCCUGCCCUAGGACCUUUGCUUGGGGGGCAGAGGGUCUUCUGCCUGAGUCACUGAGCUCGGCCCCAUGUCUUGGGAAGUGUCAUAGGAGAUGGGGAUCCCCGGGCAGAACUCAUCUGGGAUCAUCAAGUUUGCACAAUGCCCACUCUUACUCCCAUCCCUAAACCAGGAUUAGGGGAGCUGCAGGUGAGCCCCAGGUUGGGUGGGUGGCCUUUCCCAGAGAAUCAGUCUCUCAGCAUCACUCCAUGGCAGGGAGGUGGUGGGUAAUUGUCUUUGGGUAGCCAUAUUACCCUAGUCCUGGAAGGGGUUAUCACUCCAAAUAUAUGCACACAUAGGUACCCCCCCCCCUCCAGGAAACACUUGCUGCAUGGCUUCUAGGACUCUGAAGGUCUGAAAGGGUCUGGCACCUUGCAGAGGAAAUCGGAAACAGCAGCAACUCCCUUUGUCAUAGAGAGUAGAGAAAAGCACUAUUUUGUCAUGUUUCACAUUUGGAAUCCAAGGAGGGAGGCCCUACCUCUUCCUCUCUCUCUUUCUAGGUAUACCAUUCCCCUUCCUGCCCUGGGGCAGGCACUGUGGGGAUUCUGUUCCCAAGAGCCUAUGUGGGUGUAAGGUUGAGAGCCACCCCUUGAGACUUUUUGUCUGUGGAGCUACUGACAAGGGAGAAGAAGAGGGAUUCCCAUGGUGGAGGCAAUGAUUUUGUUCCUCUUGACCCCGGACCUCCAAAAUUCUAGGGUUAAGCUCCUAUCCAUCCUCCCCUUUCAUCCCCAAGAGAGCUACUCUUAGAGAAACUGAGGUCACUGCCUACCCUCAACCUGGCCCUCUAUUGGACAGGACUCUAUAUGACUCCCAAAACACUUAAGAAGAAAAAUGGACAGGGAAAAAGUAGCCUUUGUUCUCUAGAAGAUGGGAGCCCCAAUACUUUAGCAAGGUGACUACUGCCUUUGGCCAUACAGUAGUCCAACUCCCAGGAGUCUUCUCCUCGAUUCCUUCAUCUUUACUUUGUCAGGGAGGUGGUGAGUUUGUUUCUACCGCCCUUCUCUCCCCACCUUCUUGGCCUGGGCAAGCUUGGACCAUGGCCAGAUGAGCUCAGAAGGCCUGGGGUAAAAGGCUGAUGAUCCCUACAGAGAUGGAAGAAUUUCCUGCCAAAAUGGAAGGCAGGAGAUACUAGAGAUAGAGGCUUCAAGGUCUUCACCUCCUCCUAUGUGGGCAGCUGCAGGGGAACCUGGGAGGUAAACUUUACCCAAGCCAAAGGUCAGCAGCCCUUGAAUAGGAUGAGAGAAGACUCCACAGAGCCUUCCCAGCCCCAUCCAGAGCAUUCCCUCCCUGGUGGUGGUGGUGGUGGUGGUGAAGGGUGCCUGGUGACCCAUGAAGCUUUAGGGUUCCACGGCUGGGUCUCUCUGUGAAGCUAAUGCCGAUGGAUGGCCACAGAGCACCAGGUGAGACUUGAUCUUAGCAGUUUUCCAUCCCAGUCCUUGGAAAUCUUCAGCCCUCCUCCUCCUCAAGCACGUUAAACAGAAGCCCAUUCUGCUAGCAUCAAAAGCCUUUAUUUCUUCAUCUGAUCACCCUCCCCCUUACCCUUUUAUUGCUGCUAAAGCAGAUGGAGGUCUGAGCCAGUGGGAACUGUGGAAGUGGAAUUUGAAGCUGAGGCCAUGGACAAGCAUCCCUUAUGCAGCCAGGGUCACAAAGAACUCCCAGAGAGUGCUUUAUUAUUAUUAUUAUUAUUAUUAUUAUUAUUAAUUUUGCCUCUGGAUUCCUUGACUAUCAUUUUCCUAGAACCCAUCCUGAAGCUUUAAUUCCCAGACUCUUCGAGCCCUUGAUGCCCAGUGGCAGUCUCUCAGAGGGGCCUAAUUGGAGUCUGACCUCUCCCUAGGGUCAAAGGCACCCAUUAGGUGCACUGCCCCUCUCCAACUUUCACCCACAUCCACAAAUCUUCUCUUCCCACUUUGCUUCUCACUACUGAUUUCAGCUUUAGACUUCCACUCUAAUUUGAGGUGGUCUCCUGCAAAACUCAAAGCAUCCUUUCAGGAAAAUUCCCAUCAACAUUGCACACACUUCCCAUAUUCGUCCCAUCUGGACAAGCAGAAAGGGCCCAAGAUUCCACCUACCUCCCAGGGUUAUGAGGAUCAAGUGACAUAAUCAUAAAGCGCUUAGCACGGUGCCUGGCACUUAGUAAAUGAUAUAAAAAUGUUAGCUAUUAUUAUUAUUAGAAGCCAGCUCCUGAGCCCAAAAGUAACUCUUCUCCUGGUUAGUCCUAAAGCCAAUUAGGAGAGUGGGGCUCUGGCUCUUGUUUCCUCCUCUCCUCCCCUCCUUAUAUCCAAUAUUCCCUAUUCCAUCCUGGUGGAAACGAUAGCAUAUUUCUGCAUCUUGGGACAUGGACACCGCUCUCUCUUACCGACAGGCCCUGAGACUUCUCUCUAGUUAGGGAAGGGAAGGGAUUGCUGUUUGUCCAAUCUCUAAGUCUCCUUUGUCUUUCUGCUUUGGACUCCAACCUCUCCAUGCCCUCAAUUCUUGUCCAGGGAAUUGUUUUGGGGGCCUGCAUCCCUUUUGACUGCUGAGAAGUUCCCACUCCCACACUCUGUCCUAGGAGAGCUACCAUAUUGGCUUUCCUUCUGGCUUUUCUGGGACUUUGUCACUAGUUUCCACCCUGGACUUGCCCAGUCUUAAGGGGUAUCUGCUAGGGAAUGAGAAGCCCAGCAGUGUUUUUCUAUGGUUCCAUAACCUGAGUAGCCCCAUUCCUUCAUUGCUGUCCAUCCUCACCACACACACACACACCUUGGACUUUAUCUUAAUUUGAAUAUCCUCCACUCCUGGGGUCCCAGAAACCCGAGAUUUUCCUUCAGAGUCUGUUUCUGCUCAUGGGCAAGCCCAUGGAGAGACAAGGUGGUGCUGUAGAAAAGAUACUGGCCUGGGGAGUUAGGUAACUAAUUCUUGUCUCAUUUUCUGCCAAGAAUUUGCUUAGUAUCUCCAGGCAAGUCACUUCUUUCUGGAUAUCAGUUUCCUCUCUUGGAAAAGAAGAGGGUCAGACUGGUUGGUCCCUUCCAGCUUUACCAUCCUAUCAUUUCAAGGACCAGCAGAGGCUGGAUGACCUCUUGUGGGAGAUGCCAUUAGACCUGUGGGAAGUGCCAAGCAUCAUCAUGAGGAGGUGGUCAGACUUAGUGGCACCUACCCAACAGCUGUCUUCAAGUAUCCAAAGAGCUGUCAUUUGGAAAAGGAAUUCAACUUGCCCUGCUUGGCCCCAAGAGGGAACAAAGUAUAAUGGAUGGAAGUUAGAAAGAUAUUUUUUAGUUCAACAAAAGGCAUAAACUUCUCAUCAAUUAGGUCUGCUCUAGAGUGAAAGUGGGCUGCCUGAGGAGGUAGUAGUUAUGGAAGAUAUAAUAAUGGGGGUGGUUUAUUCAGGCAGGAAUAGAACUAGAGGAUCUCUGAAACCUCUACUAACUCUGAGACUGCAGUUCUGAGAUUCCCAGGGACUAAGCGUGAUUGGGGAAAAGUGUCAUAGAGGAAAUAGAGGGACAGAGAGGACACAGACAAGGCCAGGGAUGGAAGUUUGGUAGACUGCCUGGCAAUUGUCUUCAUCCAGCUCUUUAGCUACCUAUCCUACCAGUCUCUACUAUGAGGAUGCCUUGGCCACCUCCCUUCCUGCCCAGUUCCCAACACCUGCGCCACAGGUUCUUCCUUUAACUCCCUGCUCCUCCCUCCCCAACUCAAGUAAAAUGAUCCCAGGGACAUAGCCAGGGCGAAAGAAUUAAUGUGGUAGGUUUGGACUCGGCAUUGGCUGUACUCCCAGGCUGCUGCUUAUGAUUUUAGUGGCCUUGGGUAAGUUAUUUCCUCUCUCUAGGCUCAGUUUCCUCCCCUGUAAAAUGGGAGAUUGUUUUGGUUUUUAUUGCCCUUCUCAUUUAUCUCAACCACCUUCCUCCAGAGUGGCCAGGAAAGUGUUUACAUCCUGGCUAAAAUUGUUUCUUAUGGCAAUAGUUCUCCAAAUAGUGACUUGCCUAGAGAUGUUUCUGUACCUUUGGGAGCAUCCUUCCCAGUGAUAGCCCCAGGGAUAGGAGCAAAGAAGGAGUUAGGGCGAGAAAGAAAAACUAGAUCCAGAGUUAUGGGUUCCCUUGGACAAGUCAAGAAGAGUAGACACAGUCCUUUGUGACUAAGGCAAAGUCCUAAUUCUGAAAGAGUCUGGUUCUACAAUUCAGUGAUAUUUCCCAUGAGGGCCAUUGUCAUCCUCUUUACCCCCAUGCAUGGGUGAACAGAGGCUACCGAAGGAGAUUCAGAGGCCCUGGUUUCAGUCACCUUGAAAAGAAUCCCAGGCCAGCCUCCAAACUGGUGAGGAGGAGUUGGUUAGGGAAGAGUCCUUCCACAUGAAUUAGAAAGUCACUGGAACAAACAGGAUUCCAAGCUAUCUGUUGCAGGAGAAAACAGGCGACCCGAUGUAUAUUGCCAUCCUUCCCUUUCUUCCCUUGUCCCAUCUCCCACUAAACCUCUGAAGAAUGUUCUCUUCAUGGUCAACUCUGAGGUCCUAGAACAGGGCCUGGCAAGCAGAUACAGUGACACGAGGCCAUCCCAUUGCUGUUUCAUCAUAGUCUGAGUUUGCAUCUUUGUCCAACCUGCCUGUUCCCUCUCCCCUCUCUGUCCAACAGAUAUAAUAGAGGGGAAGGACCCCAGGUCCCAAUCGGACCCCCUGAUCCCUUGAUAACCCCCCAAAUCUAUGAAUAAAGACAAAACUAUUUUA